AUGAUAGCCGGAGAGCUCGAAAGCCCAGGAUCUGGACAGGCUGAAGACGCACCGGCCAGCUCUGGUGGACCCGGUGACAACUCGACUCACCACUUCGCCGGUCUUCCAGAAGAAGGUCCGAAUCCGGCCACUGACAGUGCUGCCGCCCGAUGGCACCCGCUGCUCGUGAUUCCUGAGAAGGACGCCGAGCUCCCAGCGGACGCCACGACUGUGUCACCGCUCACCAACUAUGGACCGCCGAAGGACCCACUGUACCCGCUUACAGUCAGCCCAGGAUACAGUGGAGGACCACUCGACCAGCAGGGCUCACAGUCGGGGUACGGGCCCCCGAGGAGUCCUCUGUUCCCUCCCACCUUCUCUCCGGGACACAGUGGCGGAGUGCCACUGACCCGACCUACCCAGAGGGGCACCCACCAGGAGUACGGUCCUCCGAAGGGCCCUCUGUACCCGCCCAUCAACCCGGGACACAGUGGUGACCUGCCUGGCUACGGCCCUCCGAGGGACGCCCAUCGGCCCGGAGCGGCUCAUCAGCCUGAAGACGCUUAUCGACCUGAAAACGUUCAUCGGCUAGAGAAUGCCCAUCGUCCUGAAAACGCCCAUCGGCCUGGAGACGCUCAUCACCCAGCUGAAGCUCAUCGACCAGCCGAUGCCCAUCACCCAGCAAACGUCCACAAUCCUGAUGACACUAAGCAGCCGUCGCCGUCCUCUCUGACCAAGGAUCAGGAGAAGCUGCUGGACCUGCUGGCAGAGGCCGGCGCGGAGAAACUAGUGGCCAGUCUGCGGCGGCAAGGGUCGACCAAGUCCGGCCAGGAGGAGUGUGAGUGCGGCGAGGUGGCGCCGCCGGGCACCGUGGUGGGUCUCACCGGUCUGGCGGCGCUGCUCAUCUACGUCCUCUCCAUCCAGACGAUCGGCAGCUCCAAAGGCAGCGGCAGCGGCCGAGCCAUCAAACCCAACAGUUACGGCCACAUGGAGACGCUGCUGUCGGCGCUGGUUACCGAACACCUGUCAGAGACGGCGGCGCGCUGGUCCGUGGCCCGGCCGGAGCCCUCGUUCCCCGGGUUCACCUGGGCAGAGUACCGCGCCGGCAAGCUGCUGGCGCCGCCGACCACCGCUGCGCCCGUGCCGGGACCCCGGAGGGGUGCCGCCCGCCGUGUGGACUCCGUCACCAGUCAGAAGAGGAAGCGGCUGAGACCGGUCGCCAAGGACGGUCUGCUGGCGCGCGUGGAGCGCUGGCUGCGCGGCCGCGGCCGGCUCGUGUACCGUCCAGUGAACGGCACGAAGCAGAGCCCGCCGGACUGCGAGUGCAGCCUGCGCCACCUGCUCGACGUGCUCGGCUACGUGCCUCUGGCCGUGCUGCUCGGCUACAGCACCACCCUGUCGACCACGGCGCUGGCCACGGCCGGCGCCGGCGGCGGCACCGCCAUCGACGUCACCAUCAACGACGCCGACACCAUCACCAACAGCAAUAACAACGCGCCGACGCUGACCAACACGGACAGCGACAUCAUCACCAACACGGCCCAGGGCAACCCGAUCAACACCAACACCAACACGGCCAGCAACCAGGACAGCGACAUGAUCACCAACAUGGCCGGCGGACGUGCGCUCACCUACCGCAGGAGGAAGAGCUGUCGGCGUAGCAGGACGUCCCGUACCGUCCCGGCAGGCGGCAGACGGUGACGACCGGCCCGUCCGUCCCCGGCUCUCCGAAGUCGAUGUGGUGCUCAGAGACGGCGGCCGGGUCACUCUGCGUGCCGGACCCGGCGCGGCCAGUGGUGCUGAAGACAGACUCUCGACUCUGACUCACUGCUGGAUGGUGACGGCAGGUCGUGUCACAGACUGAAGAGGUCAUAGUGGAUACAUUGGAACUGGUAUAUUGGGCAUUACAGUGUUUGUUAUAGGGCAUUAUAGGCUGUACGACGGCCGAUCGGGCUCGGGAUAGUGUGAGUGAUUUAUUGGUCAGCGUCGGUGAUCUGACUGCAUGGGCUCAGUGAUUACGUGAAGUCGCCUCAGGAACGGGGCCGUUAUUGGCAAUCGGUGACCACUCGUGACGGAGUUGAAGUGACUGGUGUUUGAAGUGGUGGCAACUAAAUGGUAGAUUAGGAUUUACUCUGGAAUUGUGACGACGGUGCUCAAUAAAUUUGAAUUUCGCUGUA